AGCCAGCCGGCAUUCUCUUUUUCUGUCUGUCAAAACUCGAUUUUGAGAUCAAAAUUUGAGAAUUUCAGACUUGAAUACGAAGAUGUCUACGUAUUUCUGGGUUCGAGAACAUUAAUUGAAGUGGAGUUUUACUUAGGUAAAUCAUGGAGGAAGAGACUAAAAGCGAAAACAGUCUCUCUGCUUCAGACAGCGGCUCGGUUGAUUUGCCGCCAAACUUGGACGAGACGACUGCCGACGAACAGAACAGCUCCGUCGCAAAUCUCGGAAACUGCUCAAGGAAUGACGUCAUUCGGUCUUCUCUCGCCGAGCUGCCGCAAGACUCGCCUCUGCUGCCGAUGGUCGCCCUUAGCGAACUUGACAUCCGCAGACUGACCACGUUGGUGUCGGUUUUCAAAGCUGGAAGCUCUGAAAUCGUCAUUGACUGCUGCACGGUGUUCAAGGGCGAUUUCCUGAGAAACUUUCCAGCCCAAACUUUUCUUCUUGAGCCUGCAAUUGUCGAAUGCUUGAUCAACGCGUGCGAACUGAAUAUUGCGCUUGGCAAAAACGUUGACAUUGUUGUCAGCGCCUUAGAAUGUCUUCGGCGCCUUGUCGAAUCUCUGACUGCCCAGAUUUACAAAUACCAGGAUCCAAAAUAUGUGGUCAUAUCUGAUAAGGUGCUUGACGUCUGCACAUCAAAACACUCAUGGUCACUUUUAGAGUUUCUUUGGGCCAUCAUCACAGUCAGCAGCACAUGCAUCAGAAAUUCAGAGCAGUUUUCCAUUCUCAAUGAGGCAACUUGUUUGCUCAAAUCUUGUCUUGCUUUGCAUCACGAAUUUUUCCCGUCAAGUUGCUCCACCGAAAUCAACAGACUCUCCUUGCUUCUGGCAGAUGCUCUUAAUUCAAAACCACCUGCAUUUGCCUAUAUCCAAGUGCUGCAAAUGAUUAAGAGCUUUAUAGAGCACAGAUCUGGGGCUCUAAAUAAAUCUCAUGUUCUGGCUGAGGUUAUACAGAGCUCUGUGAUCCAUGCAGGAAUUUGGCUGUUCAACCCUAAGCUAUCUCAGUUUUUCAUCGGUGAAUUGGAGAACAGCAGACAUGACAAAGCGUUCUCUGAACUGCUCAGUUGCCUAGCGGAGAUGGCUCAGGCGAUUUCCUCAGCAUUCAAAUUAAUGAGCGCUAAAGGAGAAAUAAUUUCUGAAAUGCACAUCGAGCAAGCAGUUUUAAGUUUGGACUUCAUACCAGAUCCUAAAGUCGCAGCAGCUGCGGUUGAAGGAAUUGCGAGAGCAAAAACUUUGAACAUGACAAAUGCACUUCUCUCACUUCUAGCCCACCCUGUUGAGGACAUCCAGUUAGCAACUUACCAAAAGAUAAAAAAAAUAGUCGAAGGAAGCAUUGGCAGUGAUCAGGCCAUCAACCCGACAAUUUACUCUGCUGAAAACAUUCUGUUCCUGUGUGAUGUGAAGGUGGUGCAAGAGAUUGCAAGUUUUGGUUUGGAACACUCCAAUCACAGGAUAAAUGUAUGCUCUGAGGACAUCAUCUCUGAUUUAAUCAGGUGUAGGAUACUCGUCUCACCAUCUCUGUGGAGCCAGGUUGCAAGUGUCAUCACCUUCCUUAUUCCUGUACUUGUUGCCAAAGCAGAUGACCACAGGACAUUGCAGGAAGUCAUUCUAAACUAUUUUGAUUUGUCCAACAAAAAUCUAAGCACUUUAGAGCUUUUAAAAGGUAAUUCCUGUUUGAUGUUCAGCAAAAACGAGUCUGUACGAACAGAGGCCACAGAUAGACUUCUUCAGUUGUUGAAACAAGACGAACGCAGCUAUCUUAUGUGGCCACAGACUUCUACUAUUCAAAUCACUAAUGCUGCCAUGGCAUCCCUAUGCCUUGUGCAAGAUCCCAUUGAAUUGAAUUAUUCUGCACCUGGAAUAUACUACAAUGAAGCAAGUUUGAGGCAGAUAGUGAGUUUGCUUGGCCCCGGUGACUCGGAACCAACUAUAAAGUAUUCAGCUCUUUGCCAAUUGGCUGCAAUGCUGCAAGAGCCAAGUCUUAUAAAUCCAUUUGUUCAGAGUGAUGGAGUGAAAACCGUCGUCAAACUACUGGAAGAUUCUUUGGUGCAGUCCAAUACAGACGUACUUUCCAAAUGCUGUGUGCCUAUUAUAUCAAUUUUGCUCAGGACUUUCUCAAAAAACAUCUCUCUUGUCCAAGAGUUUAUGCAAGAUCAAACAUUUGUCACUAAUCUCAUCAGAGCAAUGUUCUUGUACUCAAGUUUUGAUGCAGACUUCAAACUUCAUCACUCUGCUUUGUUGGCAUUGGUGAUUUGUUCCGACUUUGUACUCAAGAAAUCAUUUCCAUCUGGGGAUGAUUGUUUAGUGCUGCCUCAUGCUAUAUACUCGUCUCUUUGCAUUCCAUUCCAUGCCCAGUCUUACAACAAAGUCAGCAGCUACACUCCAAAGAACGAGUGGCUACGUCUCAAAAUCAUGGCAGAGGACUUUUCGUCGUCAGCAAACCUGAGCCUUUUGCUGAGGUGCCAUGCCGCUAUUGAGCGGUACGGCUCUCUAUCAGAAGAUUUUUUCAAAGAGGAUCUGCAAAACUCACUGCUCACAAAGGAGGAGUUUGACUAUCUGAUGCAAUUUGAUCCCAAAACUAUGAUAGCAAAUGCUUUGGAGUCAAUCCAGUCAGCGACAACCCACAAGCAGGUGCUCUCUGCUCUUCCCGUCAUUAUCAGCUAUGUCAGGUGCGUGGACCAAGACAACGUCAAGCUCCUUGCCUGGAAGAAAACCUUCAGUCGAUUCAUAAUGCAGCCACCCAGCACUCAAGCUGAUUCUGAUUUGCUAAAUGCCAUAGCUCAGAUUUUGUCCAGACAAAAUGUUGUUCGUUGGAUAUCAGCCAGAGAGCUGUGUUUGAAGUUGGACCAUAGACAGGCUUGGUGCAUCACAACGUUUGUGCCUCUCAUUCAGUCAAUGUUGCCAACGAUGGAUUCAAAUGACCUUGUUGGCACAAUGAAGUUUCUCUGCAACAGCCUUGUUUACAGUUUUUCAACCAAAGGUGGUGACGGUUGCCUGAGAAUCAUUUUGACCUGCUUUCGAGAAUUGAUGUUCCAACAAAAUGUUGAAAUCAGCUCACGCCUUCUGGCCGACUUGAUCGUGCCAUUAGUGGACAUUGUCCAUUCGUACAAUCAGGAUUUCACUUUUGUUGGAUUGCAUCUGAUUGAGCUGGCACUUGACUGUCUUACUGCAAUACAAAUUAACAAUCUGGAGAACUUUUUCCACCAUUUCUACGCAUAUAGUGAAAACUGUGAUAUCCUGAACAUAAUUGCUCACAUUCUCCAAAGUGACAAAAAUGAGCUGAAAGCCACCUGUUUUGCACUGUUGACUGGCUUAGCUAAAUGUAACGGGCUUAAAAAGUUUUGUUUGGAUUUUACAACAAUUUUUGAAUCAGCCAUUAACAUUGCCCAGGACAAGCAAGAAACAAAUCUGGUUCGAUGUGAAGCAAUCGCGCUUAUAAAUUGUCUGAUGAAUUCAAAAAAUGUUGAUACCCAAGAUGAUAAGAAGUUUGACUAUUUUUCCCUUUUAAAGUGUGAUUGGUUUGGACAGAUUAGUUGGCUGCACAAGGGAAUCUAUUUAGAAGCUGAAUUCCACUUCUCAAAUCUAAACUUGGUUUCUUCACCAGCACCCAAUUCUCCAAAUGGUCUAUUCAAACAAUUAGUUACCCCAGAGCUUCUUGGGAGGCACUAUGCUCUCUUGUACAAUUUGAUUAGUUCACCAGACUGUGAUAGUGUUCUCAAAGAGAUAGCAGACCAUGAGAUUUUCCGAAAAGCAUUAGGAGUUCUGUCUAACUGUAUUGCUGGAGAGACUGAGCAGUUUUCAACUGAAGUUUAUUUGCUAACCAACAACUGUGCAAAGUUUGUCGCUAUUUGCUUGAUCUCUGACGAAGACCAAAAAUAUGGAUUUGUAACUGCUAUUGUGGAUUUUCCAUAUUUACCAGCCCAACUUAUAAAAGUCUUACACCACUCUGACUUUGAGCUUAUUGCAAACUCGGUCCUGUGGCUUAUCAUCGCUCUACUGCAAGGAGGACAUUUGGCACUCUUCGAAGAUGCCUUUCAGCGGGGUCACUUUUGGCCAGCGUUAAAUGUAGGCCUGGAGAAUCCUGACUCGGUUGAUUCCGCAAUGCUUGUAAUAAGAGCGCUUACCAUUGAAGGAGAAGUUGAUUGCAGUUGUCUUGAUAAUAACUUAGAGCUUUUGGAAGAUCUGUGCCGUAAUUUAAUGACCCACCUGGUGCAAGAUGAAACGCACCAGCAUGCGAUGGCAGCCCUAGCGGGCCUUAUAGUCUCCUGCAGUGCAGCUAAAUAUUGUGUCUUCAAACUUGGCCUUCUGGAGAGUGUGGUCACUGCUCUAAAGCAUUGCAUAAACGGGCUUUCUGGUAUUUCGGAAAAAAAUCGUCUGACAGCCGUCAGCAAAGCAAAAAUGCACCCACUCAUAUUGGAGCUAAUUGACACAUUUGAGUUGCUGACGUCUUUUGUGCUAAAUGAUACCAAAAUGAAAAUGUGUGUUGCACAGACAAUACUGGUGGACGAGAUCAACAUCCUCUGGCCAAUUUGUGUGAUGAACAGUAAGCUCCUGUCAGCAGCAAUAAAAUUUCUUAUCGCUUACACCAAAGAUUGUGAAAAUGCCUGUAGCAUGUUACUCACGAGGAAGCAACUGCUGACUGACACAGCCAUUAAAAACUUUCCUGCAAGUGACACCGUCCUUCAUCAGCUUAUCAGCGUCAUGAGCUCUGAGCUGAAGUCGUUAAAAUCUUCAGAUUUUGUGCAAAAUGUGCUCACAAUUCUCUGCCAGUGCAGCAUUGCUUCAGAUUGCCGUUCUGCAACUAUGAAAGCAACAAUUUUGUCUCGAGUCUUCUGUGAGACCAAUGGAAUUACGCAAAUGCCCAAUGCGAUUCAGUUAGGAAUUCUUUGCUUACUAGAAAACUUGUCCAGAUAUCCAGAGGGUCAAAUUUUUGUGGCCAGGAUCCCAGACGCAGUGGAUUUUUUGGCUGCUCACGCUUCGUCCAAAAACAGCUCUGACUUGGCAUGCCUUUGUACAGAAAUUCUUCGAAAUCUGUGUUUCAGCAAUGCAAACAGGGUUUUGAUUAUAAAUUCAGUUGUGAUAAUGGGCGCUUUUUUAUCCGUCCUGGAAAACGGAGAUCCACAGAGAGCACACCAAGUGGCCGUCGGCCUUUGGAGUCUGGCCGCCAACAACCACAGGACAAAGCAGUCGCUGAAAGCUGCGGGUUUUCCGCUCGCUCUAUGUAAGGCCAAAUUAACAUGCGCAAAGCACGCCAAUAUUCUUGCCACGUUAAAUUCCGCAAUCUGCACGAUUGAGGGGUAAAGUUACUCGGAAAAAUGUUUUCAACUGGUUAUAUAUCUUUAAAGAAAUGAUCUCUUUAUCAUUAUGUAAGACAAGAACGAGAAAAAAAUAUACGAAAUAACAACAGACAGA